UGGAUUCAGCUAUGAAUCUUGAUAGGGUGGACAUUUGGAGUUUAAUCGUUGCUACUUUUACUUUACAUUACAGAAGAAAUAUGGAAAGUUGUUUGCAGGAGCAAAGAGUAGCCGCAGUCCCCACAGAGAGCCCACGGAAGAUGAGCAAGCACGGUGUUCUAUCGCAAGAGCAGCGAUGUGGGACGGAGAUCUGGCGGCGAAGUUGUAGAGGAGAGGAAAGCCCGGCAUUCAGGGGACGCUUCAGGAAAGGCACCACACUAACGGAAUUUAUUUUAUUCGCUCGGAGCUUUCCUCAGGCAUUACCUGCGCUCCCCGCUCUGCAGGGAGCUCCCCCGCAAGCAGGGACCGUGCGUGGGUUGGGCGGAGCAGGAGGGGGAGAGUUCAGAGGGAAUAGUAGUCUCCCCCAGAAAAUCAUCAUCGCGAAGGCAUCUGUUGUCCGAUGCAUUAGAACUCAUCCGCCCAUAGAACUCACGAAAACAAGGAGCGGGGGAAAAACCCCCAAAAGUCGCCUAGUUCGACGGCUGUGCUUCUGCUGGGCAAGAAUCGCCUGCGGGUCCAUCAGAGGUAUUUUUAGGGCGAUCACUGGCGUCACGGUCACGCACGUCUCCAGCCUUCCUCCUUCCCUUCAGCUCCUCUCUAACCCCGAGGUGACAACCCACCGGCCUGUGUGAUAGCAAGGAAGGAUUUUCCCGUCUAAACAGAAAAAUUUGCUCAACCGAGCAGGAGCCCCGUGGAUG